AUGGCCGCACGCUUCUCCCAAGAUCCUUUUUUUCAUGGGCAACAGCAGAACAUGAUUGAGCUUUACGCACGGUCAGCCUGGGAUGAGAUCUACGAAAAAUCCUUCUCGGAAGAUGAUGCCCCAGACAUCACAGUUGUCCAAGCAACAAACAUGCUGGCCGUAGUCGAUUUUACUACUGGAAAGCAUAAGCUCGCUUGGGUCAAGAUAGGCCUCGGCGUUCGGUUUGCACAAAGCCUGCAGUUGACAGUUGAUCCACCAGCAGACUUGGCUCCCGAGGAACAGCAAGAGAGGGUUUGGACUUUCUGGUCGGUCUAUCUUCUUGAUAGGCUUGUUUCAUGUGGCAAAAACCGGCCUCCGACCAUACGGGACAGCGACUGUUCCGUCCGGCUUCCAUCCAACAGUACAGAUUUCGGCGCCCAAUCUAGCUCCAAUUCGCUGACACUGGAAGCUCUUCAAGACCUUCCCGAUGCUGAGAUGACUGAGAACUUGAGCCUAUUCGCACAUACGAUUCUCAUGGCAUCGGCGCUUGGCCGAGUCGAGAGAUUUUCGCUGCAGAACCACGGCUCCAGAGGGCCUUUUAAACUCUGGCAUGACCGCAGCGAAUAUAGCAAGAUCAAUGGUCUCUUGCUGCACUUCGAGACCUACUCCGACGCAAAUCUGGCUCCAUUCUCGGAAGCACUCGACCGAUGGUACUGUGUAGGCGGUGUGAUCGAUCAGACACGAGCUGGCCAUUUCAUCUUUUCGGCUGUCCUUUACAACUUGAAUCAAUGCCUUCUCCACCAUCCGUUCCUACUACAGAAUCAUGUGAAAGACUGCAAAACAAGAGUGCCAACCACAUUUCUCAAACAUGCUUCGCGACGAGCGCUAGAGCAUGCAAGACUUCUGACCUUGGCUCUCCGUGUCGUUCAGACAAGAGGCCUGUCACUGGCCAGUUUCUAUUCUUACGCCUGUACUGUUGCUGGAACUAUACACAAGCUUUACACCUUUCACGACGAUGAGCGUGUCUCAAGGACUUCCAAGGCUCUGUUCGAAUGCUCGAUCGAUUUUCUCCAACACGGCCAAGCAGUAUGGUGCCACUACCCACGAAUGGCGCAUGCUUUGAUGCAGCUUGAUCCGGAUCCCACAUCAGCCAAAAGUCUUGUGACAGCAGUCUCAGCGCUGAACCCUAGCGAAACGUUGACGGAUCCUACUCUGGAUAUCCUCUGGAAUUUGCUCGACUACGGAUGGCUGUCGGACUCUGCUAGACCCUCAUCCUCUCCAGAGACAUGCCAACAAUGGUUCAAUGACGGGCCCUGGGAUCCGACAAGCAGGACUUUGGACCAUGGGCAGCGCGUGUCCAGUGUGGCUGGCUUGAUGCCUGACACCGCAGCCGUUCCCAUCGACAUAGAUUACUUUGAUCCCACCAUCAACGAUGCGACAGAUGGCGCAUGGUUGGAUGUACCUGAUCCUGGCUACACAGAUAUGCCAGUUGACUUGGAUACCGAACAAGAUUGGUCCAGGCUUGUGCUUUGA